AUGUCCCUGACCCAGCGCCUCACGUCGGUCACCGUCUCGGUGGACCCGGAAGACUUUCUGGGCGAGUCCCUGGGCGUCAUCUUUCCCGACGACGUGACGACCCAGCACGGCGACGCCGCCAAUGCUCUGCGCUACACCUCGCCGCACUUACCCAAGCCGUUUCACAUCCGACUCGCUGAUCCGGACACCGAGGACGAGCGCCGUCUCUUUAGCCACUAUCUGUGGAACGCGUCGCUUUUGCUGGCCGAGUUUGUCGAGGCCGGGUCCUUGGGCCUGAAGCUCGACAAGCCUCUGGGGUGCGGCGCGAGCGCUGCCGGCGACGACACGGGCGAUUCCUUGCCUGCCCCGAGACCGGGGCGGCUUUCCGAGAGUAGUUUUGACGUCGGCGGUCUCUCCACCAUUGAGCUGGGCAGCGGCACGGCCCUGCCGAGCAUCAUGGCCGCCGUCCUGAGCGCAUCCCGCGUCGCCGCAACCGAUUACCCGGCCCCACCCAUCAUGGAGAUACUCCGUACCAAUGUAUCCUCCAACACGCAAGCCGCAUUCGCACCGGUGGGACGCUCCGUCGCCUCGUCGGUCGUUGUCGAGGGUCACGCAUGGGGCGAGGUAUCGUCGGAAGCCUUUGCGGCCGAGCACCGCGGCCGCUUUGAUCGAGUCCUCGCCUGCGACUGUCUCUGGAUGCCGUGGCAACACGAUAACCUGCGGCGGUCUAUUGAGUGGUUUCUGUCCGAUGAUGGCAACGCACGCGCCUGGCUUGUCGCUGGUUUUCACACGGGCCGACACAAUAUGAGUGGCUUCUUCGAUACCGACAAAUUGGCAGCCGCCGGCCUCGAGCUCGAGAGCAUCUGGGAGCGGGAUGUCGAGGGCGAGGAGAGAGACUGGGCGGUCGAACGUUUAGACGACGGUAAUCGGAAGCGGUGGCUAGUCGUUGCAAGUCUCAAGAAGCUACCCAAGCUGCAGUCGUGA